CGGAGGCCGGCCGCGCUCAGCCCCGGCUGCUGAAUGGGCGCGCGGCUGCUGGCCCCUGCCCUCCCGCGUGCAGCCCCCGCUCCUGCUCCCGCUCCCGCUCCUGCCCCGCCCCGGCCUCUGCCGGCCGCCGCCAUCCGCCGCCCAGGCUGUGAAUGAAAGGCCGGCGCCGCCGGGGGCUGGCUGCAGGCGACGCGGCCUCCCGGCAGGCGCUCGCUCCUCCAAGAUGUACGGAGUGUGCGGCUGCUGCGGUGCCCUGCGCCCCAGGUACAAGAGGCUGGUGGACAACAUCUUCCCCGAGGAUCCCGAGGAUGGCCUGGUGAAGACCAACAUGGAGAAGCUGACCUUCUACGCCCUCUCGGCUCCAGAAAAGCUCGACCGCAUUGGCGCCUACCUCUCCGAGAGGCUCAUCCGCGACGUGGGUCGCCAUCGAUAUGGGUACGUGUGCAUCGCCAUGGAGGCACUGGACCAGCUGCUCAUGGCCUGCCACUGCCAGAGCAUCAACCUCUUCGUGGAGAGUUUCCUCAAGAUGGUGGCCAAGCUCCUCGAAUCGGAGAAGCCCAACCUCCAGAUCCUCGGCACCAACUCGUUUGUGAAAUUCGCCAACAUCGAGGAGGACACCCCGUCCUACCAUCGGAGCUACGAUUUCUUUGUGUCUCGCUUCAGUGAAAUGUGCCACUCCAGCCACGAGGACUUGGAGAUCAAGACUAAAAUCCGAAUGUCCGGCAUCAAAGGUCUGCAAGGGGUGGUGAGGAAGACGGUGAAUGACGAGCUGCAGGCCAAUAUCUGGGACCCACAGCACAUGGACAAGAUCGUCCCCUCGCUCCUUUUCAAUCUGCAGCACGUGGAGGAGGCAGAGAGCCGGUCCCCCUCCCCGCUCCAAGCGCCAGAGAAGGAGAAGGAGAACCCAGCAGAGCUGGCUGAGAGGUGCCUUCGGGAACUGCUGGGCCGGGCUGCCUUCGGCAACAUCAAAAACGCCAUCAAGCCUGUUCUCAUCCACCUGGACAACCAUUCUCUUUGGGAACCCAAGGUGUUCGCCAUCCGUUGCUUUAAAAUCAUCAUGUACUCAAUUCAGCCGCAGCACUCCCACCUGGUUAUCCAGCAGCUCCUGAGCCACCUGGAUGCCAACAGCCGCAGCGCGGCCACGGUGCGGGCGGGCAUCGUGGAAGUCCUGUCGGAAGCUGCUGUCAUCGCUGCCACCGGCUCUGUGGGACCCACGGUGCUGGAGAUGUUCAACACUCUGCUGAGGCAGCUUCGGCUCAGCAUCGACUACGCCCUGACCGGGAGCUACGACGGGGCCAUCAGCCUCGGCACCAAGAUCAUCAAGGAGCACGAAGAGCGCAUGUUCCAGGAGGCGGUCAUCAAGACGAUAGGCUCCUUCGCCAGCACGUUGCCCACCUACCAGCGCUCGGAGGUGAUUCUCUUCAUCAUGAGCAAGGUUCCCCUGCCUUCCCUGCACCACCCCAUGGAGACGGGGAGGACCGGGGAGAACAGGAACCGGCUGACCCAGAUUAUGCUGCUGAAAUCGCUCCUUCAGGUGAGCCUCUCCUGCCCGCACUCCCGCUCUGCCUCCACAGGAGGCACGCCCUCCGAGGAACUAAGAGAAGGCUACCGCAUGCAGUUGCGCAUGUUGCGCACUGCACAAACAUGUCCAGCCAAAGGGGUGUCCACCGGUUUCCAGUGCAACAACAUGAUGUCAGCUCUGCCCAGCAACUUCCUGGACCGCCUUCUCUCCACCGUCCUCAUGGAGGAUGCAGAGAUCCGACUCUUCGUUCUAGAGAUUCUCAUCAGUUUCAUUGACCGUCACGGCAACCGGCACAAGUUCUCUACCAUCAGCACCCUCAGUGACAUCUCUGUCCUGAAGCUGAAAGUGGACAAGUGCUCCCGACAGGACACCAUCUUCAUGAAGAAGCACUCCCAGCAGCUCUACAGACACAUCUACCUGAGCUGUAAGGAGGAGACGAACAUCCAGAAGCACUACGAGGCGCUGUACGGCUUGCUGGCGCUCAUCAGCAUCGAGCUGGCCAACGAGGAGGUGGUGGUGGACCUGAUCCGCCUGGUGCUGGCUGUUCAGGACGUGGCCCAGGUCAAUGAAGAGAAUUUGCCUGUUUACAACCGCUGUGCCCUCUACGCGCUGGGCGCCGCCUACCUGAACCUCAUCAGCCAACUCACAACGGUGCCUGCCUUCUGCCAGCACAUCCACGAGGUGAUUGAGACCAGGAAGAAAGAGGCUCCCUACAUGCUGCCCGAGGACGUGUUUGUGGAGAGGCCCAGGCUGUCUCAGAACCUUGACGGAGUGGUGAUCGAACUUCUCUUCCGCCAGAGCAAGAUCAGUGAGGUCCUGGGGGGCAGUGGAUACAACGCAGACCGGCUCUGCCUGCCCUACAUCCCUCAGCUGACGGACGAGGAUCGCUUAUCCAAGAGGAAGAGCAUUGGAGAGACCAUUUCUCUGCAAGUGGAGGUGGAAUCUAGGAACAGCCCAGAGAAGGAGGAGCGAGUGCCAGCCGAGGAGAUCACCUAUGAGACGCUGAAGAAGGCCAUUGUGGACAGCGUGGCCGUCGAGGAGCAGGAGCGUGAACGGCGCCGACAGGUGGUAGAGAAGUUCCAGAAGGCACCCUUCGAGGAGAUCGCAGCGCACUGCGGGGCCCGGGCGUCACUGCUGCAGAGCAAACUCAAUCAGAUCUUUGAAAUCACCAUCCGACCCCCGCCCAGCCCAUCGGGAACCAUCACCGCCGCCUAUGGCCAGCCUCAGAACCACUCCAUCCCCGUCUACGAGAUGAAGUUCCCCGAUCUGUGCGUCUACUGAGUUCCAAGACACGCUGCUGGAGGGGGGGGGGGCCCGAGAGGGGGGCACGACAUGGAAAUCUCACGGCAACCCCAGAGGAAAAGGACCUUGGAUGGCAGCUCCUCUCCGCAGACAAGCAAGGUGGAGCCCCGCGGCCCUCGGGCCCCUCAGCUUCCCCCUUUCCUCCUUGUCUCCCUCCCCCGUCCCCUCCCCACCCCAGGGAGAUCAGGCCACGUGCCCCUCUGGGGCCAAUAGGCAUCUCACCUGUGCCCUCCAUCUCCUCCUUUGUGGCAGCCUGGGGCUGGGAGUCCUGGGGUGGGGGGGUCUCCAGAGAGAGGCUGAGGUCCUGCUUAGUGUAGGGAGGGCAGGGCUUUCGUGGGGAAGCACAGCUGCCAUUCCCCAAGGGGGACUAGAAGGGCACAGUUGGUCAAGGGAGGCCUCAGACGGAGAUCAGGAGGAAGUGAGGCCAGCUCCGCUCCUAAAGCAGCAGAGAGCUGGAAGCGGGGCGCUGCUCCUCAGAGCAUCCCCUCCCUCCCUCCCCAUUUGAGGGUCCAGAUGCCCUCAAGUCUCUGGGGUCUCUUCCACGGCCCUGCUCAGCCUGCCAGUUGCCUCUUCAUGAUUCUUUCUAUUGUCGGUUAGUAUUGAGCUCCUAGAACAGGAGCCAGGGCGGGGGUGGGGUGGGGGGGUAGAGUCACCAUGGGGGGCGUGAAGGAUGAAAUGCAGGGCGGGCAGGCUGCUGGUCCAGGGGCUGCUCUCCCCAGGCUGGGCCAGCCCCCCAUAGAGGAGCAGCAGGCAGACGGAAGGGGCGAGUCUGCAUCCCUCUGCAGCAUCUCCCUCCUGCGUUCAGAGGGGUGUCUUUCUGAGUCGAGGUCUCUUUGAUGCCUUUCUCCCUGAGGAUCCCAGUGUGUUUCUACAGCCUCUGGGUUGGGGGAGGGCAGAACAAGAUAACCUGGAAAGGAGGAGGAACUCCGGGGGCUCCCGGCCUGCCCACACCACCUCCUGUGGAAGAGGCUCCCCCUGGGCUGGGAGGACGGGAAGGGAGUAGCUCUUUGGGGCCCAAGGAUGCCAGAAGCCAACCUUUUGGAUGUUUCAUUUGGUGAAAGAAGGACCCAGCACUUAAAAUCGGGGUGCUUUCUUCACUCCAUCCCCGGUGCAGCCGGCAGAGCCGGAGGCCUGGGGAGAGGUGGUGGAGCCCCUUGGGUUCUGGCUUUCUGUUUUCCCUGAGUGCCACCUGACUGUGUGCAGAGUGGGAGCUGCUGCGGGGCUCGGAGGCCAAGUUGGCUGUGCCCUCUGCUCCCUCCCCGUGUCUCACCCCCCUGCGGGGCCUUUGUGCCUCCGGAGCGGCCUCUGGCAGGACCUCACCUGGGCCUCUUCCCUGGGGCCCAGAAUAACCCUCUUCUUCUUUUGCCAACCUUUCUGAGCUGAGCUGCGGAGCCGACGCGCAGUCAGGUGAGAAUGGGCAAAGGAUCCCUCCCCAGAGACUUUGCUUUUGAGAAGAGGGAGGGCGAUAGAUUUCUUGACCCAGUGGAGCCCCUUUGGAGGGUACAAUUUUCAGCAGCAGGGGUGGGGUCAGAAGCAGGCCAUUUGUGCUUAGGGGCGGGCAGUCUUCUGGGGACACCCUCAAGUCCCACCCCCAUGCAUGGCCCUGCACAGAUGCACCUUGACAGCCUGGUUAUCAGGACAGAAAGCUGUCUUUGCCCAAAUCGGAAGAAUCUUAAUGUACGUACUUUCCCAUCAGUCAGGUUCUCGGGUGUGGGGCUGGGGGGGGGAUGCUGCCUGACCCUCCUUCCUGUCUGUCCUGUCUCCCCCCUCCACCCCCCUACCCCCGUGGGCCUGCAGCUUCCUUCCAGAGGGUCUACAUGACCCCAGGGCCUAGGGGGCCGGGCUCCUGCUCCCUCCCUCUUCCGUCCUUCCCUUUGGCUCUGCUCUCUAGCUUUUGGCUACUGUUCAACUCAACUUUACAAGCAUGAACUGAGAUUUCUCUUUACCUCACUCUCUCUUGACUAAGAAACCAAGUGGUUAAAUAACUAGAAACAAACUUGAAGACAAAUAACCUUUGGAAGAAACAUCACAGCACAUCUAAAUCUUGAGCCACAAACUCGCCUUUCCUCGCUGCAUCUUCCCACCUUUCUCCCCUGCUCGGCUGCCACAAGAGACUCUCUCUUCGUGCUUCUCCAACUUUAGGGUUCACCCCAUGGCAUCUGCUUCUGGGACUUAGAAGUCACUCCCCGGAGCCUUUCUCGAGCCAGCGCUAGAACCAGAGACCUUCAGGUCCACUCCAUCCCCCCCUCGUCCCCCCGUCGACCCCACCCUGGACUAGAGGGAAGGAAAAGGUACAGGACCAUGGCUGUUUCCUCUGACUCUGUCGCCAAGCAGCCUUUUCUUUUCGUCCUUGUUACACCGCAAAGAUGGGCUCCUGGAGACCUGGCUAAGUUUUCAGGGACCCUCCCCCUGGUUUCAACUUAAAUUUACACUCAGGCGAGUAGUGGGUUGCCUGCUGACCUGCAGGAGAAUCUGGAUUCUGGCCACAUAUGCCUCAGGAUCAGAAAGUUUGAGGUGAGCAUUAACUCAAACAGACAAUUAAGUGAUAAAUUAAGCGAUUUCCUUCAUCCUACCUCCCCCCCUCUGAGCCCUGGGGAAGAAGCCAAGCAGUUGGGUGGGUACCCAGGCCUUCAGCCUAGCAUCCCCCUUCCUGCCUUCCAAGCCCUCUGGAGGCUGGCACACUGGUGCGUGACCAGCUUUUUCGGUACCCUUCUCUCUCGUGAUUUUGAGUCAGCAAGGCCAUCCACCAGUUGCUCCCCAAAACUGCUGAAGACUCUUGCUUCAUGCACAGGGGGUCGGUUGGGUCACCACUCUGCUGACAGAGCCUAGUAGCACGGGUGUAUUGGAGAGUUGGAAGGGCAGUGAACAUGGUUGAGGCACAUAAGUGGGAAGAAGCAGAUGAGAGGAAAGCUCGGUGUGACCCUGGAGGCUCCUUCUGGUUUUUCACCUGCAAAAGGGUCCCUGCGGCCUAUGCCUAUUUCCACUUACUUUCUGAGAAGUAGAAAUAAGUGAUUUCUUGACUCCUAAACACCUCCUCCCCAGCGAGGGAGCCUGAGUGGGUCAUGAGAACAAGAAAAGUCCUUAGAUGGUCUCCUGGGCCUAGCCUUCCACCUCAUGCGCAGGUGCAGACAAGGGGGUGCUGGACCCAUCUGAAGUGCGGGAAGUGCCAGGGUCAGGGGUGCGCUGCCCUCUCCCCUCAGUGUUCUCAGUCCGAGGGGCUGUUUCAAUUGGUCUAAGAAUCUGAGCAGCCUCACUGGACCUUUCGAUGCCUCAAAGGCCAGACGUCUUGGCUUCACUGGGUCUGAAACUUUCCAGAAGCUUCCAGAUGCUAGGCCAUUGCCCCUGGGACUUCUGACCUCCAGAAUCUUGUUGAGAAGUGAGAGCUGUUUCUUCCAUGGCCAUGAAGAGGACCUGUGGGAAAAGACUAGACGUGAGCUGUCAGGCUGAGUGUUGAGGUUGAUGGUAGCCAGGGAGGUGGGCUCCUCCGGGCAGGCCACAACCACUUCUCCUGACACACAGACCCUGGCAGGCGGGUUGUGCUGAAAUGAGGCAUCUUCCAUGCAUCUGGGGAGAAGGCUUAGGGCAGUGCAUUACUUCUCCAUCUCACUAACUCUAGAACUCUUCUAGUUAGAGGAGCUCUUAUCCCAUAUCUGGCUUAGGUCUGAAGCCUGCAGAAGGACGGUGGCGGGGAGCUGACAGCUGGGGAAGUGGGGAGGGGACAGAGGCCUGUGGGAGGGCUCUGUGGCCUUGUGGGACCAGAAGAAAGUUUUCUGUGCUCUCCUUUAGCACCGGCCAGGUUGCCCGGGUCUUUUCUCCUUCAAAGGACCUUGGGGUCCCAGCCCCUCACCUUGCCCUUCCGAGCUCUUCCUCUGUGGCUGUGGAUUCUGGCCUGUGGGUGCAGAGCUGUCGAUCCACCAAUGCUGCAGCAUUACACGUACAUUGUAACACGUCUGUGUCCACUGAGACCUUCACGACCUGGCUGAGCGCGUGUAUCCCCGUGGGUGUGCAUGUGUGUACAAUGUAGUGCAUAGUUGACAAUGUAUGUAUAUAUAAGCUGACGUAUUUAUUUGUGAGUGCAGAAGUAGUGCCUGUGGCAGUUUUCUGUAUUUGGAACUCAUUGAACCAAAUCAGUUUAAUUUCAAAGAAAGGGAAAGGGGGGUGUGGGGGAAAGCGUGGGGAGAAGGAUUCUUAGCAAGAUUCUUCUUUAGGACUGUUAGUAGUGAUUUCCCCAGGAGCGGUCACAAUGCCCUUUUCAAAUAAAUGUUAAUGUUGUCACCACACA